CAGUAUGAAAAGUAAUGGCCGGUCAGCAUUAGCAUAGCCACGCACUAAACUAGAGAGAGAAAGUUGUGGCACAAAACAAAUUCCAUCCAAUAGCUUAGCUUACUGGGUAAGCACAUUCUACGAUGCGUGUGGCGUUGCAUAGUUGAAAACCUUUCCCUUUCAUGCUUUUCCUUUUUUCUCACUUUCAGUUCUCACGAGAAACCCAACCCAACCCAACCCAACGUCCCUUCCGCUCAUCUCAGAGCAACAAACCAACCUCCAGUUAGUUUUCGCGAUCUCACACUCCAAUUCUCCUUUCCAUAAUUAAACGCCGUCGUCUCAUUCUCCGCCAACUACCUAUAAGUUCUUCUUACUUUCACCAAACUUCCAAUUAGGGUUUCUUAUUAGGAUCGCCGCAUCGAGAGCUCCAUAGAUUCCACCGAGUUUUUCCUUCGUUUAUGAAUUGACGGGAGAAACAAUUUUUUCAUCGAGAAAUUGUUUUCUCCGUGUUUAGUUAGAUCUGAAUGGGGAAGGGAGGCCAGGAUUAUGGGAAACGGGAGAACACGAGUUCCGAGGCUUCGGACCGUGAAAUCUUCAAGGCCUGGGCCAAGGACGUGAGCGACUGCGAGGAGCACUUCAAGGUCAGUGUGAAGAAGGGUUUGAGUCACGACGAGGUCGACAAUCGCCGCAAGAUCUAUGGCUUCAACGAGUUGGAGAAGCACGAGGGGCAAUCCAUAUGGAGUCUGAUUCUUGAGCAGUUCAACGACACGCUCGUGAGGAUUCUCCUCGCCGCUGCCAUCAUAUCCUUCGUGCUCGCCUGGUACGACGGCGACGAGGGCGGCGAGAUGGAGAUAACGGCGUUCGUGGAGCCUCUGGUGAUAUUCCUCAUACUAAUCGUGAACGCGAUCGUUGGGGUGUGGCAAGAGAGCAAUGCGGAGAAGGCGCUUGACGCGCUCAAAGAGAUUCAAUCGGAGCACGCGAUGGUGGUUCGUGAUGGCGCCAAAAUCCCUAGUUUGCCGGCGAAGGAUCUCGUUCCCGGCGACAUAGUGGAGCUUAAGGUUGGGGACAAGGUCCCUGCCGAUAUGCGUGUCGUGCAAUUGAUUAGUUCCACUUUACGAUUGGAGCAGGGUUCUUUGACUGGGGAGAGUGAAGCGGUGAAUAAGACUAACAAGCCUGUUGAAGAGGAUGCUGAUAUUCAGGGGAAGAAGUGUAUGGUUUUCGCGGGGACCACUGUUGUUAACGGGAAUUGCAUUUGCUUGGUCACUCAGAUCGGGAUGGACACUGAGAUUGGGAAGGUGCACAAACAGAUACACGUGGCCUCUCAGAGUGAGGAGGAUACCCCCUUGAAGAAGAAGCUCAAUGAGUUUGGAGAGAAUCUGACCAUGAUAAUUGGACUGAUAUGUAUUUUGGUUUGGCUCAUCAAUGUCAAGUACUUCCUUUCCUGGGAAAUUGUGGAUGGAUGGCCCAGGAACUUCAAGUUUUCGUUUGAGAAGUGCACCUAUUACUUUGAGAUUGCUGUGGCACUCGCCGUGGCUGCUAUUCCGGAAGGUCUGCCUGCAGUCAUCACGACUUGCCUGGCUCUAGGGACUCGCAAGAUGGCCCAGAAGAAUGCCCUGGUUCGGAAGCUACCGAGUGUGGAGACUCUGGGUUGUACCACUGUGAUUUGUUCGGAUAAAACCGGGACAUUGACUACUAACCAAAUGGCUGUGUCAAAAUUAAUUGCUAUCGGCCAUAACAUGGAUACACUAAGAGCAUUCAAGGUGGAAGGAACUACGUACAAUCCAGCUGAUGGACAAAUAGAGAACUGGCCAACUGGUGGAUUGGAUGCUAAUCUUCAAAUGAUAGCAAAAAUAGCUGCGGUCUGUAAUGAUGCUGGGGUUGCGCAGUCAGAGCAUAAGUUUGUUGCCCAUGGAAUGCCUACUGAAGCAGCAUUAAAGGUUUUGGUUGAGAAGAUGGGCCUUCCUGAAGGAUCCAAGGAUGUGGGAUUGGGAAGCACAUUGCUACGUUGUUGUGAAUGGUGGAAUGAGCAUGACAGACGGAUUGGUACUCUUGAGUUUGACCGUGAUAGGAAGUCAAUGGGUGUUAUUGUGGACUCUGGUCUAGUCAAACCAUCACUUCUAGUCAAGGGUGCGGCAGAAAAUGUGCUGGACAGGAGCUCUAAAAUUCAGUUGCGUGAUGGUUCUAUUGUGAAACUAGAUGAUAAUGCUAGGAAGCUCAUAUUGCAAGCUCUUCAUGAAAUGUCAACUAGUGCAUUGCGUUGUUUGGGAUUUGCAUACAAGGACGAGCUCCCUGGAUUUGAUAACUAUAGUGGAAAAGAUGAUCAUCCAGCUCACCAGCUUUUGCUUGAUCCUUCCAACUAUUCAUCUAUUGAAAGUGAACUUAUUUUUGUUGGCUUGGUUGGAUUGAGGGAUCCUCCUAGGGAAGAGGUAUACCAAGCAAUUGAAGACUGCAGAGAAGCUGGAAUUCGUGUUAUGGUUAUAACUGGAGACAACAAGAACACUGCUGAAGCUAUAUGCCGUGAAAUAGGUGUAUUUUCACCUGAUGAAGACAUUAGUUCUAAAAGUUUAACUGGUAGAGAUUUUAUGGAACUGCGUGAUAAAAAGGCCUAUCUGAGACAGAAUGGUGGGCUUUUGUUUUCAAGGGCUGAACCUAGGCACAAACAAGAAAUUGUGAGACUGCUUAAAGAGGAGGGAGAGGUGGUGGCCAUGACUGGGGAUGGUGUUAAUGAUGCACCUGCCUUGAAGCUUGCAGACAUUGGUGUUGCAAUGGGUAUUGCAGGGACAGAGGUGGCGAAGGAAGCUUCAGAUAUGGUGUUGGCAGAUGAUAAUUUUAGUUCAAUUGUUUCUGCUGUUGGUGAGGGUAGAUCUAUCUACAAUAAUAUGAAGGCUUUUAUCAGGUAUAUGAUUUCUUCCAAUAUUGGCGAGGUUGCUUCUAUAUUUUUAACAGCUGCACUAGGUAUUCCUGAAGGAUUGAUACCUGUCCAGCUUCUGUGGGUCAAUCUUGUCACAGAUGGACCCCCUGCAACAGCUUUGGGAUUUAAUCCUCCAGAUAAGGAUAUAAUGAAGAAGCCUCCUCGUCGCAGCGAUGACUCAUUGAUUAAUUUGUGGAUUUUAUUCCGUUAUCUGGUUAUUGGAAUUUAUGUCGGAUUAGCUACAGUUGGUGUCUUCAUCAUAUGGUAUACACACGGUUCCUUCUUGGGUAUUGACCUUAGCGGGGAUGGACAUACUCUUGUCACUUACUCCCAACUUGCCAACUGGGGUCAGUGCUCCUCAUGGAAGAACUUCACUGCUUCUCCAUUCACUGCUGGUGCUAAAACUAUCACUUUCGACAAUCCCUGCGAUUACUUUCAGACUGGUAAAGUGAAAGCUAUGACAUUGUCCCUUUCUGUGUUGGUAGCCAUUGAAAUGUUCAACUCUCUCAAUGCCCUAUCUGAAGAUGGAAGCCUUUUGACAAUGCCCCCUUGGGUCAAUCCUUGGCUUCUUUUGGCAAUGUCAGUAUCAUUUGGUCUGCACUUUUUGAUCUUGUACGUGCCAUUCUUAGCUCAGGUAUUUGGUAUCGUGCCCCUGAGCUUCAACGAGUGGCUUUUGGUUUUGGUUGUUGCAUUACCCGUCAUUCUAAUUGACGAGAUUCUGAAAUUUGUGGGGAGGUGUACAAGUGGAUCUCGUACAAGAAGAUCAAAGCAAAAAACAGAGUAGACGAUAUGCUAUACUCAUUAGAAAAGUUGCUCAAUCCUUCAGCGAUGUGGACAUUAUUAUACUCGAGACUGAAGAGAUGGCUUCAACGCCAAUUAAUCUUAAGUUAGUGCAAUUUUAGGCUUCACUGUAGUCUUCAUCCCAUUUUAUAAUGAGGGAUGACUGGGCCUGCAUUGGGUGCACUAUAUGUUGGAUUUUUUUUAAUCUUUUAUUAUCUUUUUGCCCCUGUUCUUUGAACUUUUUUUAAGAUUUUCACCAGAAAAAGGGAAAAACCUUUGAUUUCUUUUUCAAAUUUGUCUGACUGAAGUCAGCUUCUAGUUUCUUGUUUGUUAGAGUUGUUUGCAAAGAUGGUUGGAAUUUGAUCAAUCCUAAAAUUGGAAGAAGAGAAAUGUAAUCCUAUUUGUCCUUGAUAAUUGGUGGGUUUGCAUCAAGGAAAUAUUUUUGUGGGAAAAUUGAGAGUAAGCAGAGUAA